GCCAGGCGCUGGGAAAUGGGCGGGAAGGGAGCGCGGCGGACGCGCCACGCCCCUGGCGGUGCGAGCCUACGCCCUCUUCCAAUAAACGCCGCCUGUCGCGCGCCCGCGGUCUCCCAUUGGUCGGCCCUUGCCGGGAGGCGGGGAAAAGAAGCCCCAGCGGCGGGAGGAUGCCUGGCCAAUCACCGGGUCCACCGCGCGCGCCUCUGGUUGCCCUUGGAAACCUAACACCCGGCAGCCGGCUGUCGGCGUCCGCGGCGCUGGCUGGUCCGCAGUGGGGGUGCGAGGGGAGAUGGACCCAUACUCCGAGCACACUGAGGACCCUGAGGGGGAACACCGAGAGGCGCAGAGCCUGGCCUCGCGGGCAUCGGGGACCAAGGCCAGCUCUGGCCCCCAGUCCCCGGCCGAACCCGCGGAACCGGAGCCGAAGGCCGUCGAGACUUCGGAGGCAGGCGCAGCUGCGGACGAGUUCGCCGAGCCCCGAGAAGGGCAGGCGGCCGCAGAGGAUGAGAGCGAGGAGAGGCCCGGAAAAACGAAGCGGCCGGCCGAGGCCGACCCAGGGGAGCCCGCCGAGGCCGGGCCUGAGCAGCCAGCCCUGCCGGGAUCCGAAGGCGGGCCCGAGAAACAGGAGGAGGACCAGGGGGAAGAGGCCGAGGCGGCGGAGGGCAGGAGAAAGGAGACCCCGCCGCAGGGCUCUGCGCCUCCGUCCACGCCCAGCCAGGAGGAGGCUGCUCCGGUCCGGGAGGUCGAGGGGGAGGGGAAGGGCGUGCACCGAAGCCGGGCAGAGAGCGGGGAGGAGCUGACGCGCCCGGGCGAGAGGUUGGAGGGUGAGGGUCACGAACGGACCGAGGAGGAGCGGAAGCUGGAGGAGCGGAAGCUGCAGGAGCAACAGCUGCGCCACGAGCUCCUGGGACAGUACCGCUCGCUGACGGUGGAGCGGAGCCGCUAUCUGCGCUACAACAUUCACCUGCAGCACAAGAUUUUCGAGGCGCUGCGCAAGAAGAAGGGCCUCGAUGCAGCCGAGGUGCCGGACAAGGGCACGGAGCCCGAGGCCCCGGAGAAAGAGCGAGCGUACCUACGCCGUCUGGCCGCGCUGGAGGGGCUGAGGAAGCAGCAGGCCGACGACCUGGGCUGGUAUCACCGCGAGCUGGGCCUGCUGAAGCAGCAGUGCAAGGAGAAGCUCUCCAGGGUGGAGACGGAAUGGCGAGGCUUCCAGGCACUCAAGAAGCAGGUGGCGAUGCAGGCCAUGGGCAGCUGUUGGGUGCGGGGUGGCCGCCAGGCUGCUCUGCGAGAGGUGGAGCAGAUGCAGGCUUUGGAGGACAAGAAGGAGAAGGCGAUGAGCGCGGUCAGACUGGAGAACGUGCAGCUGAGGCAGAGCCUGGCGCAUCUUGAGACCAGGAUGAGGGCUCAGGGGGACUUGACCGAGGGCCUGCCCCUCAUUGACUUUGAACAGCUUAAGAUUGAGAACCAGACCUUCAAUGAGAAAGUGGAGGAGCGAAACGAGGAGCUUUUAAAGCUGCGCAACAAGGUGACCAACAAUGUGCAAAUAAUAACCCAUGUUAAAGAAAAGCUUAACUUUGUGGAUUUAGAAAAUACAUGCAAAAAGUCACAGCUUUUGGAAAUUGAGGCUCAGGUGGCCCUAGGGAGGGACAUCUUGACCAAGACUAAGCAGACUCGAGACAGCCUGCGGAUUGACAACAUCAAGCUGAAUCAGAAGUGUGGGCUUCUGGGCAAGGAAUCCCUCCUUCAAGACAUGGAAGAGAAGGUAGACAAGACUAACUUGCUCAACCGGCGCUUAGAAUCCCUGAAGCGCCACCACGCUGGGCUUUCUCUGUCCUGCAGAGGCGUGAAGCAGAAGGUCAGGGAAGCCAAAGCCUUUCUCCCCUCCUGACACCACUGGUGGGAGAGUCCGCAGACUGUCUUUGAUCUCAGUGAACUCCAGUCUUCAUUAUCUUUUCUUCUCCGUCUGUUGCCAUUCUUCAGAAAGCUGUGAUUAUUUGGGUAGUACUGUAUUUUUUAUUUAUCUCAUAAUUUUUAAGCUUCCAAAUUACUGCUAAGCACAGAAUUGGGUUCGCAGUCAGUGCUGUAUGGGCUUAAACAGGUCCAGAGAAACAAAUGAGAGAGAUGGCUUGAUGUGCCUGAUUUCUCAUAAAAGCUGUCAAAAGCCUUUUUAUAUCUUAGCAAUUCCAUGAUUUCAAUGACUGGAUCCUGAGAACAACUGUUUGUCUUCCAUAUGUAGGAGGGUUCACUGAAUGGGCAGGAUACCAAAAAAAUUCCUGUGCAUUAAGCUAAUUAUUAAAUCUCCUUUGAAUUUAUUAGUCUGACCUGAGUCAUGGUCUCAGUUCAAAGCCCACUAAUUCCCUUGAUGAAAUUGAUUUGUAUGUAAGUAGCACUAGCUUCUGGUGUACUAAAAAAGAUCCAGGAAACAGGAGAAGUACAGAGAGGAGCUGGAUGUUGUGUCAUCUUUGUCUUGUGAAAUAAAGCUGUUUGCUUUACCAUUCAUGUCUGUUUCUAUCUCAGUGAUAAUCUUCAAUUCCAGUGAAAGGUUUUCUUGGAUCCUCUAAAGAAACACACUGAUCUGACCAAAAACUGAAAUUCUGCUUUCCAGGGAAGACAACAUGAUGAUUGGAUUGUGUGUUUUGCCAGGUGCAAACUGUGGCGUGAGGACUGACUGCCCAUAAGCCAUUUAUUUUCAAGAUUUUUUUGGAUCCUGGCAACAGGACCCUCACUAUGCAAUGUAGGUUUUACUCUCUAUCAAAUAACAAAACUGUCUAUUAUUCCUUGUGUUAAAAGAAAUACUUGAUAGUCUUUCUCCAAAAUCAGUGGUUAACAUUUUUAAUUUUCCUUGAUGUUUUCGGAGCUGGGGGCUCCAAAAGGGUUUUAUUUCUUCUUAAUCUUAGGUUGAAUCUUAGGCACAGAUUUGAGAUUAGAAGUAUUCUCCAGACCUUAAACUUAUGUGGACCAUAAGAAGGGUGAUCCAUUUUUUUGGUGCUAACUACCUUUAAAGAAUAGUUGAGAGCCUGCUCUGGGCAAAUGACUCGGGUAGUCAUGAGAAUGUCACAAUAACUUUAUCUUCUGAUGAAGUGAUUUUUUUUAAAGUGUGUUCCCUUUGAAGCCAAUGAAGUUUGACUGAAAUUCUCUUUCUAACUUCCACAGUUUCACCACACUUUUAUUAUAAUACUGUACUUCCCCCAAACCACACAAACAUAACAAUGCGGGGAGUAAGAAACUUUGUCCUCUUCCAUUCUCCUUUACAAUUUUUGUCUUCUCUCUACCCUAUUCAUCAAGGCCAAAAUGAAGUAGUAAAUAACCAGCAAAUCAAACUGUUUUCUUUAUGCCUCUGGCCCCAAAAGCAGCAAUGGCCCACUGGGUUCUUUUGUGGCUGUGGAGGCUUCAAUGUGAAACUGGCAACCAUGCUCAGUGCCUUCACGAGCAAACGGCUUUCACUGUAAGGGUCCAUCCUUCGGCUCACUUGAGGGACAGAGCCAUUUUCAGCUGAUUAGGACCCACUGGCAGUUAACCAGGUUGAACCAGUCCCUCAUCAGCCUUGAACCCAGUGACGAGGUCUCUGAGGACACCAGGAUACGAAGGAGAUGGAUGAAGUAGGUGUGGUUUUAAGCUGCUAAACUUCUGGUGUUCUCUCAUAUUACCUCAUGCUGGAGAUGUUAACAGUUAAUUAGAGGAGAAAUAAUCUGUUAUUUCCUGAGUUUCUAACUAGAUAGUUCAUUAUCAUGUAAUAGCAACACAUUCACAAUUGUGUCCUUAGAUGGAUUGCCUCUGAGAACACCACAGGCCCCACAGCAUCCGGUCCCCAAUCUGACAUGCUUUGUUCCCCACGGCAGCCUGCGAUUAACCCUAGUCAGCCUCUGACCCGCUACUUCAUGAGUGUCUGCCUAGUUCUCUGUACCCAGUGGGACAAAGACCUCAGAAGGCAAGGUCUGUUAGUUUAUCAUCUGCCCCUAGUAGCCAGCACAGUGCCUGCACAUUAAUGGGUGCUCAAUAUGUCUGUGGGAUUUACACAUUAAUAUGCCAGCCUCAUUUUCUGAAAAGGGCUACCUGGAUGUCCACUAUAUGAGGCAUUGGUAAGUCCUAUGUCAGAUUCAAAAAUUCCAAGUAGAAAGAGGAUUUCUCAAGUAGGACCAAAGAGGGA